AUGGCCGGGGGUGCGUUUAUACCCUCAAAAGUCAUUUCCAAAGAGGCGCUUUCGCGAAUUCCGAGCGGUUUUGAGCCAAUAUCCGGCUGGCAAUGGCCGUGGCUUAAAGGCCGAUCAUCCCUUUCAAUUAAACUCUACCACGUCGAGGCAUGCCACCUCAGGAAAGCUGCAAUUGUGCCAUAUUGUAGCUGCAGCUCCACGAAGCAAGGUGGCACGAUGCUCGCUCCGGCAUUUACAUAUGCAAAUGCUCUAAGUAUCCGCUUACUCCGAAAAGCACAUCCCCUAUGUCGUCACCGGCGUCCACAACCUCAUAGAAUUCCCCGAGCGUCCAUCGCGUCAUACCCGUCGAAACAAGAAGCCUCCUCAGCCAAAGAGACAGAGCGACGAAAGCGCGUUUUAUCAGGCGUCCAGCCGACUGGCGCUCUCCACCUUGGCAAUUACCUCGGCGCCAUGCGGCAGUGGACAGCAAACCAGGACCUCUAUGACAAUUUUUUCUUCGUCGUUGACCUGCACGCCGUAACCACGCCGCACGACAGGAAGACUCUAUCGGACACCACUUUGUCUUCCGCCGCGAUGUACAUCGCGGCCGGUAUUGAUCCGAAGAAGAGCCGCAUUUUUGUUCAAAGCCAUGUGCGUGCUCACGCAGAGCUCACAUGGUUGUUGAAUUGCUCUACCCCCAUGGGCUGGGUCGAGCGAAUGAUCCAAUACAAGGAAAAGGCCAGAAGGCAGGGGGAGAACGUGUCGGUGGGCCUUUUCGACUACCCAGUUUUGAUGGCGGCUGAUGUUUUGUUGUAUCAAGCGGAUCUUGUUCCUGUUGGGGAAGAUCAGAGACAGCAUAUUGAGCUCGCCCGCAACAUUGCAAGAAGAUACAACGAUAUCUAUUGCAAGAAGAAGCGCCCGAGAACGUUCCGGGAGCCAAAGGCGUUGAUGCGUACCACGGGUGCUCGCGUGAUGAGUCUGGAGGACGGCACGAGUAAGAUGUCUAAGAGCGAUGAAAACGACGCCUCUAGAAUAAACCUAACAGAUCCUCCGAACGUCAUUCGGAAGAAGAUAAAAAGAUGCAAGACAGACUCGCAGGAAGGAUUGCAAUUUGACGACCCGCAACGCCCUGAAUGCAAUAAUUUGCUGGCCAUUUAUCAGAUUAUGGCGAAUAAGACGAAAGAAGAGGUGCAAAGAGAAUGUGGCGACAUGCGUUGGGGACAAUUCAAACCCCUGCUGGCGGACGCUGUAGCCGAACACAUCAGCCCAAUUCAGGACAAGUAUAACGAACUUUUGCAAGACAAGUCGUACCUCGCAUCCCGAGAUAUGGGAUUCUUGUUGCCAUCUGAUCUAGGUUAUUGA